AGUAUAUUGACAGAUGUAAAAUAAUAAUAAAUAAAAUCAAAUAAUUACUAGUAUUAUUAAUAUAGCAGUUCUGGAGUUAACUCAAAUUAUGGCUAAUAAUAAAAUUCCAAGUAUUGAUGCAAGAAAUGAGCUUGCUGAGUUGGUGAAGCGAAAAGUUGAAAUAGCUGAAACUCUAGCAAAUCUCGAGAGACAAAUAUAUGCCUUCGAAGGAUCAUACCUCGAAGAUACCCAAUUAUAUGGAAAUAUAAUUCGUGGGUGGGAUAGAUAUUUGGUGUCCAAUAAUAAUUUAUCGAUUAGUUCAAGUAAUGCAAAUAAUAAAACAAACAAUUCGAGUAAUUCAAAUUCCAAGCAUGAUAAAAGGAACAGGAAAUUCAAAGAAGCAGAAAGGUUAUUUUCUAAAUCCUCAAUCACGUCAAUGGCAGUAACUGUAUCAGGACUCAUAGAACCAAACGAACAAAACAUUUUGAUUCAAAGAACUGAAAUCUUAGUUUGUUUUGAUGCAAUAUAUUUUUAA